CGCUUUAAAAAAGUCAUUUUUGACGAUCAGUAAAAACGCGAUUUUUUGUUUUCGUCGGUGUUUUCUUGUUUCACGACAUCUUACGAAAUUAAUUGGCACAAUGACGUCACGGGGUAGGUCCAACAACAAUAAUGAGUGGGACCUCAUGAGGGAUGAAUACAACAAUUCCUCGUACGACCCCCAGUAUCCCGAUGACAACGUCAGUGGCGGAGUCCAACUCGACCAUUGUAGACUGUACAUCCGCAACAUUCCAAACGCCCUGAACGAAGACGGGAUCCGAACAGCCUUUUCCAAGUACGGGAACUUGCAUGAGGUCUACGUCAGCAAGGAUCCGGCCAAGAAAUAUGCUUUGGUCCGAUACGAGACACCGGGGGAAGCAAAAUUAGCAAUGACGAAACUCAACAACACUGAUCCGCUUAGACUCAACAUAACUAUAGCUCAUAAGAACAAAAACUCCAACUCAAGAGACAACUUCGGAAACGGACCGAGGCGAAACAACCGGGACGAUAACGCGAGCGCCAGCAGCAGAGAAAGGAGUUUCAGGAGACAUGACGAUAUGAUCAACGGUGAAGAUAUGGACGAGACUGCAAUGCCUACGCUUGAUGAUGAUUUGGACCCGGAGACGAAGAUGAAGGGCAUCCAGCUGGAGCUCCAACGGCUAAAAGUUCAGGAGCAGUCGAUGAUGCUGCAGCAGCAGCUGUUGCAGCUGGAAGCUGCCCGGAAGAAGAAUGUGGGUGUAACUCAAUCCAUCGCGUCCAACCGGUGCAUACUUCCAGACGGCAGAAUCGUGGUCCGCAAUGUUAACGACAGGAAUUUGGAGUCGCGUGACGUCGAAGGUAGCUUCGCGGCGGGUGCUGGUGAUUCUAACGAGCGGGAAACCGUGUGCUCCUGCAAAACCAAGCUCAAGAGAUCCUGGGAUCAGGCCAGCUCCGAAGGAAGCUCCACCCCGUCCACGUGCGUCCUUUGCUCGGAAGACAGCCGAAAGGACAGGCUAAACCAAGCUAAGUCUGUAGCCAGCAAAUACACUGAAAUAAGCAAAAAGUCCGACUAUUCCAGUAGAUUUGAUAAAACAACCGAUCUGAGUAGGAAAUCAGUAGCUAGCAAAACGACAGAUGUCAAGUCCGAGUUGAGUAAAACUGACACGGUUAGUAAAAGAUCUGACGUCACCAGUAAGAAGUUGGAUGUAGCUCAUAAGAGAGGCAAGAGUGAGAUCACUUGUGAUCUUAAGUACAGCGAUUUCUACAGCGAUAGCGAAGACGAAGCUGACGAAACGAAUCGACUCAUCCAACUUCGAAACUGUGACUACAUGGAUAUCGUAGGAGACUCUUUGAAGGUAGUUAUAGCGUUGGCCGGAUACCCCAAAUCGAAGAUGCGGUUACGACAAAUGCAGCUUUUUCAGCGCUGCCUGACUGACGUCAUAGAUAUGCAGUUGAAAGCCAAUCUUUUGAAGAAGGUACCCGUGUUUUUAGACUAUUACCUGAAUCGGGGCGCGAUAGUUUGCAUAUGCAAGGAUUUGGACACUAGAGAUUGGAUGGUGAGGAUAUCCCCGGGACUGCAAGAGAGGAUGUGCACCAAUUUGAUCCUACUCAAAGCUAAGGUGAAAAGGCUCUGUCUGGCUGUGCUGAAAAUACCUCAGUCCUGCUGGCCAGCCACCGCACAAGACGCUUUCAAACUCCUACAAUACUUCAACCCGACGCUAAAAACGGAUCAGUGGAAAAUCUACUCUCAGAAGAACGUCGAUAGCGUCGAAUGCACUUCGUUCCUCAUCGAUCGAGUCUCAGGCGAAAUCAUUCGAGGCCCCACCUUCAAAAACGUGAUCGAUUACAAUCAAACCGAAUUUGAACUCACUGGUUACACUGAAAUUUACUACGAGUGCUUGCUGUCUGAUCUUGAAGAUAUAUGCAGUGUCGCGUCCAGGGUCAAGCUUUUGGAAGAAUUGCGCUCUGAAGAGGCUACGCCAAGAAACAUCCAUAGCAGCAGAGCGGAAGUAACCCAAAAGUCUGAUGCAGUUGAAAAAGCAGAAGAAAUCGUCAUUCAACAUGUAGAAGAAGUAUACGACAACGACGAUUCAGACGUAGAAAUCGUCCCUAUUGAUGACGAAAAUGUAGAUCGCGGCGUGAAAGACGAAUUCGAAAACAACGUUCGGAACGAAAUAUUGAAGAAAUUGAAAGACGUUAAGUAUAUAAGCGAUAAAGAUGAAGUUAUAGUUUGGUCGGAUGAAGCGAACAACUACAAUAGUGAUCAGGAUGAGAGAGAGAAGAUUGAGGAAAUCACAGAAGAUGACAAUAACAAUAUUACAGCUACGUCAGCUGUCGCAGUGUCUGACAAGACUGAAUCUAUAAUUGAGAGCAACGAAAACCUAAUUAGUAGAAGUAGUAACCUAAAUAUCGAUAGCAAUAGAGGCAUAGCCUACCAUAGACGAACGAAUUAUUUGCACGUCGAAAACGAACUCAAAGUUGCCAUAACGUUAGAAGGGUAUCCGCAAAAUAAACUUGAAGGGACCCACAUAAGACGCUUGAAGCAUCUAUUCAAAGAGUACUUGCACAAGGACAUGAAGAUGCAAAGAUUUGCGAAUCUCAUCAUUCCAAAAUUCCAAGAUAUUUACUUGUCUAAUGGAGCUGUGAUAUACAUUUGUGAUAGCUUAGAAACUAAAGAUUACUUGACUGAAGUGCUGCCAAAAUUCAUCAACUCCACCGGCUUGAAGCUAACUUUUAGGGAUAUUAAGAAUCUAGUUAGGUACACUAGGGUAGUCCUGCGUUUGCCUAAAGAGCACGCUCAUGUUGAAUCUGUGGAAAUUUUGUUGAAACUGCAAGCGAAAUAUCCCGGUUUGAAGCCAGACUGUUGGAAAUACUAUUCGGACGUAGCUGGGAAGCAAAAAAGACAGUUUGGUGUCGACCCAGAAUCGCUAGAUGUGAUUAAAAGUCCAGAUUUUGAUCCUACUUACGAAGGAGAAAAGUUGAGCUUCAGAAUUAUUGAUCGGCAAAAGAGAGACGUAAGUUUCGAAGAUUCCUAUAAAGAUGACAAUGUUGAUGAUAAUGAUGAAGGAAAACAAUUGAGGGAUAAAGUACUGAAGAUGAUGUAUGCACCGAUCGACCCAGAGAUCACGAAUACUCCUCUCACUCGAAUCAGGACCAAUCACUAUUCAGAUCUGAUCGCCGACGACUUAAAACUGUACGUUGGUCCCAGUAACUACCCAGAGACACGCGUAGACGAAGUCCUGUUCCAUUCCAUCAAGAGAACUUUCGAGAACAUCGUCUGUGAUGCUUACGAGAAAGGAGUUUUCGAGCUUCCCAACUCCGUACCAACAUUCCACGAUAUGUACCUUUUCGACGGAGUGAUUUUCAUCAUCUGCCAGAACAUGAAUUCUAGAGAAUGGAUGGAGAAUUCCAUUCCUGAGGUUAACGAAAGGCUACACAUCAAUUUAAAGUCUACAGAAUUCCGCGGCGCUGUGGGAAUCAUAAGCAUGGUUGUGAAGACGGAUAAAGACACAGAUGUUGUGAUAGAACAACUACAGAAACAGAAUCCGAGACUUCGGACGAAGUAUUGGAGGAAAAUCAGCACAGUACGUGCAAAGACUAAACUGGAUGUAGUACUACAGAUAGAUAAACUCUCCGCUCAGGUUAUAACGAAGAGUGAUUUCAAUAAAUUCAUCGACGGGAACCCUGUACAGUUCAAACUCGGUCAUUUACAGUCUCUACUGAGACCCAAAGCGAGUCUUGAAGAACUAACCAAGAUGCAUUUGAAGAAAAUGAGCAACAGCAACGUAAAUGCAAAAGGGAAGAAGAAAGAAAAAGAAAUGACCAUCGAGGAAUUGAAAUCUGAUCUGAAAAGAAAGUAUCCAGACUUGAAAAUCGACCAAUGGGAUGUGAUUUCUCAAAACGAAGCCGACAUAAAAGUAUGCAAGUACGAAAUCGAUGAGUCUUCCCAAAUCGUCGAGACACCUACAAAAGAAACCUAUUCUGGUCGGGAGACAGUAACAGACCCUAAUACAGCAUACAGCGAUAUGCCCUCACCGACCGGGUCGCUGGGUCGGAAGAAUGUUGUAAUAAAGAUACCCUCUCGUCUACUACCUGAUAACAAGGAAGACUUAAACAUGGUCUUCGAUCUACUAGAGGACAAAAACCCUGGUCUCAACACAGAACUAUGGAAGGUAUAUACCGAUUCGUCUUACCCUGGCAACGGUCGAUUUACCCUGGUCAUAGACAGGCAGAGCGCGUCAGUAAUACAGGGCAAGAGUUUCAACCCCAAUAUUGGCGGCGAGAAACUUAAAUUCUUCUUUUAGACAUCCUAUAUGAUUGUACGUCGUAAGUUGAAGUUAGUAGGUUAGCUUGUGCCUUGAGAUAGAUCGUUUCAUCCACGAAGACGCGCCCCACCAAUUGUUGGCCGAGGGAAGCGCGGGGUGAUGGCAGUUUGAUCCGAACAAUCCGAGCGUCAUUAUUGUGGUGUGCUUGUGCACUAAAGGAUAAUUAGCGUGUACCGAUAACACUCAAACU